AUGCAUUUCUCACUUCGACUCAUUACAUUCGUGCUGAGCACGAGAGCUCUCGCAGCCCCUCAAAACUUCAACAAGAGGGCCAGCAACGACACCAAGCUCCAGUUCAUUGGCAUCAAUGAGAGCGGACCAGAGUUCGGAGAGGCCAACCUGCCGGGCACUUAUGGAACGGACUACAUCUGGCCAAAUCUCACCUCAAUCGACACUUUCAUCUCGAAGGGCUUCAACACCUUCCGAAUCAACACUCUCAUGGAACGCAUGGUUCCAGACGACAUGACCGGAGCACUGGACAAAGCCUACAUGGGAAAUCUCACCGAGACAGUCAACUACAUCACCUCCAAGAAAGCCUAUGCAAUGAUCGUCCCGCACAACUACGGACGCUACUACGGCUCCAUCAUUGAAUCGACCUCCGACUUCAAAACUUUCUGGACGAAAAUUGCUACGCCAUACGCCGAUAAUGAUCUCGUCAUCUUCGACACAAACAACGAAUACCACGAUAUGGCCGGCUCCCUGGUCGCAGAACUCAACCAAGCCGCAAUCGACGGCAUCAGAGCUGCAGGAGCUACUACGCAGUACAUCACGGUAGAAGGAAAUGCUUAUACUGGUGCUUGGACGUGGACGAAUACGGCUGGCACGGAUGGCAAGACCAAUGCCGAGACCAUGGGCAGCUUGACUGAUCCUUCUGAUAAGAUCAUCUACCAGAUGCACCAGUAUCUUGACAGCGAUGGAAGCGGGACGUCAGAGACCUGUGUAAGCGCCACGAUUGGAUCGGAGAGACUUGAGCUUGCGACGCAGUGGUUGAGGGAGAAUGGUAAGACUGGACUUAUUGGAGAAUUCGCCGGUGCUGUGAAUGAGGUGUGUGAGAGCGCUGUUAAGGAUAUGUUGAAGUAUAUUUCUGAGAACAGUGAUGUCUGGAGUGGAUAUGCUUGGUGGGCUGCGGGUCCAUGGUGGGCGCACUAUAUGUUUAGUAUUGAGCCUGCUGAUGGCCCGGCGUAUUCGACAUACGUGGAUAUGCUUAGGGGAGAAUGA